AUGUCUGAAACCAUUAUUUUAAAACAGCAGACUCAAUAUUUAAAUUCGAUAUUAGUAAAUGAUAACUUUAACCAAACUGAAAAUCCCGAAAAUGAAAAAAAUGACUAUAACGCUAAAACUUUAAGUCAAGAUGAUGAUAAUUUUAUUAUGGUUUGCGAUAAAAAUGAAUAUUGCGAUAAGAUUAAUAAUGAAAAUUUAAAAGAUGAUGAAACAUAUGAAACAUCUGAACUGAGAGACGUUGAUAAUUAUAUUAGUAAUUAUUUACAACAUACUGCUGCAAGUUUAAUGGGAAUUUCUAUAAGAAAUUUAGACGAUCAUUCUAUUUCUUUAGUAAAAAUCGGAAUGAAUGAAAUGGCAGUUUUUGAAUUUUUAAAAAAAAUUGCAAACAUUCUUCCAAUUGGUAUUAAUAUUGAAAAUUCUUUUAUAGAAAAAUAUCCUAACAUUGAUUCUAUAACUAAAUUCAUAAUGGAUAUUGUAAGACAACCAAAGAUUAAUGAUCAAGAAAUCCAAGAACAACAACAAUUAAUUAUAGAAGACAUUGUUGAUAAAUAUUCUCUUUACAUCAAAUCAAGAUAUAUUCAUUCAAAAAACGUAAGUCGAAAAAAUCAACAAAACGAAAAACGGAGUAAAACCUUCUUAUUAACUGGUGCGACUGGAUUUCUUGGCGCACAUAUUUUAAAUAUUCUCUUGAAUACAACAUCAUCAUAUAUAUAUUGUUUACUUAAAAAGAAAAGUAAUAGAACUCCCAAAGCUUCUCUUAAGCGUGUUUUUUUGCGAAAUAAUCUUGAUACUUCUUUAAUAGAUUCGGACAAAUUAAUUGCUAUUUAUGCUAACCUUUCGGAACCUCAUUUUGGUUUAAUGGAAAGUGAAUAUGAAAAUUUAUCGCAAAAAGUAACUACGAUAAUACAUGGUUCCACUUUUGCUAAACCUGGAGCACCUUUAUCUGUUUAUGAAAAUUCUAUACUUGGAACUGCAAAUUUAUUACUUUUUUGUGCAAAAAAAGAAUUUCAUUUCAUAUCAAAUAUUGACGCUUGUGUUAAUGGUCCUUGGGAUUAUGUUCCAGAAGGAAUCUUACCUUUGAAAGCAUCAAUUACUAAUAUGGAUGGUUUUGGACUUUCAAAAUUAGCCACUGAAACAAUUAUUACAAACACUUUUUAUUAUUUAUACCUUGAACGUACAAGCAUUAUAAGAACAGGUCAAAUUUCUUCACAUACAGAAACUGGUGUAUGGAAUCCAAAUGAAUGGGUACCCUUAAUUUUAGGAAAUGCUGGAUUAACAGGAAAAAUGCCAACAUUCGAAGCAAAUUUAGAUUGGAUUCCUGUGGAUAUAGCUUCAAAAUCUAUUGUAGAUUUAAUAACUCGUGACACAUCUUUUAAUAUUGAAGUAUUUCAUAUUUCAAAUCCAAAACCAACAAUAACUUGGGAACAAUAUUUAGAUAAACUUAAAGAAUUUGGAAUGAAAUUUACGAGAGAAGAAUUAUCAAUUUGGUUAGAAAAUUUAUGGAAAGAUGUAGAGAACGAUUUAUGUGACAAAAAUUUAUGCUUAUUAUUAACAAGACAUUUUGAAAACAUGACCAUAAAUGACUCUCAAAAAUCAAGAGCACUAUUGGAUUUGACAAGUACUCAAUCACGUACAUCUUUAUUAUCAGAAUGUCCUUCGUUGUUGGAUGAAGAUAUAAGAAAAAAUAUUAUUAAAAUAAAUAUUGAUUGGUUAAGAAGUACAGGGUAUUUAUCAGAGACGACAUUACAUCUAAAUUCUUUGCAACCAAGAUCAAAAUUCAAAUUACGAAAUAAUUUAAAGAAUGUAGAUCAAGGAUUAUGGGGUUGGUUUACUAUUAUAGUACCUCUAAUGGUAUUCUUCUUCGUAAUUAAUAUUUUAUGGAAUAUAUUAUCCGAGAAUUUUUUACAAGUCACUUUUAUUUCGGGAUUUUUUGUUGCAGCCGUUUUUAGUGAUGACUCAGCAAAUAAUAGAAAUGAACCUAGGACUAAUAAAAAAAGAGUUGCAUUCAGAAGAAAGAUUAAAAAAUUUUAA